CUCCGUCGAUCUCAGUCACGAUAUCGAUGAAGUUCUCUCGCGCAUGACGGACUUCUUCUCGGAUCAGAUGUCCACGUGCACGCGCCUGGAAACAGACUUUUAUUUGGGAGCUUCUGAACAACAACACUGUGAAUGUGGCGCUAGCUCUGGUUGUUUGUUGAGAGGUCAGGUGCGGAGCCAAGUCAUCCCCCAGGCGACCAGAGGAAGAGCCUCAUCGUGGGACGCCGUGCAAGUGUUAAGUUAAGGCUUAUAUUUAGGUGUGCGUGAAUGCGUGAAAUGACUGUGGGGCAGAAUAGUUCAUGACCGAGUUUGUUGGUCUGUCAACACACAGAAUGACUAAGUUAAAGUUUUAUAAUAAGAUAUAUCUGUCUACAUUUAAAUUCAUCCAGAGACAGAUUUGAAUGAAGAUUAAUAAUUAAACAUUUACACAACGUGGGUUACUUAAAGCAGUUACGUCAAUGCUAAAAACAUUAGCAGUUAGCCCGCGAUUCAUAAGCUCAUAACGAAGGCCCUAGAUGAACACUUCUGAAUUGACCUCUUUGAUUUAUGAUCCCGCUACUAACGUUUAAUGACUCAGGGUUCAGACAAAAGUGCGUCGUUACCUGAAAAAGAGUGAGCGUUUUCUCCCACUGACUUCUGUCCAUCACUAUGGAAACUGAGGAAGCGCGGGGUCGGAAGACUGGAAGUUUUGUUCCGGGGUUAGACUUCAUAAUAAAAGCUUAAUACUAGUGAAUUUAUAUAUCAUGCACAGUUGUGGGGAUAUACGUGUUUUAUAGCAAUUCAUGAGAAAACUUAGUUAAGGAGGAAUAUAUUUUUUUAUGUUUGGAUCGCUAUAGAGUUAGCGAAUUUAACACGCUUAUCCAGUUGGCUUUUACUUUAAAAUAUUGUGAACGGAAGUGUCUGCUGACGUUGUUGCUCUCGUCGAGUGGCGGGACUUCCGCAGCGGUUCCAUCACAGUGGAGGAAAAUGAGCGGUGGGUCGAACCAGAGGACUUUGUUCCAAACAUGGGGAUCCUCUGCCCCCCAGAGUAAGACGUCUGCCCCGCCGCCGGGCACCAAGAAAGCCACUACUAAGCGGAAAGCGACCCUAAACAACCCGGCGAAGGUCCCCGCAGCGGUUCCUGUUCGAAAGCCGCUGUGGCCGGAGAUAGGUCAACAGUCAUGUCUGACCUCUGACAACCCCGUAGUGGGAAACCAGGUGGGUGAAGACGAUGACCUGAUGUUGGUGGCUGUUUAUGAAGCCGAGAAGAAGAUACAAGACGAGGAGACAGAGACUGUGGCUCCCACAGCUACUGCUGGGAAGACCUUCCCAAACCUUCCUGGGUUUGACAGUUCCGCCGCUGACGUCUGGAUCUACCCCACGAACUACCCCGUCAGGGAGUACCAGCUGAAGAUCUCGGAGGCCGCACUGUUCCAGAACACGCUGGUGUGUCUCCCCACAGGUCUGGGAAAGACCUUUGUGGCCUCUGUGGUCAUGUACAACUUCUACCGCUGGUACCCGUCAGCGAAGAUCGUGUUCAUGGCUCCAACCAAACCUCUGGUGGCGCAGCAGAUCGAGGCCUGCUUCCAUGUGAUGGGAAUCCCGCAGGUUCACAUGGCAGAGCUAACAGGAACCACGGCCGCCAAGCAGCGGCAGGAGCAGUGGAAGUCCAAGCGGGUCUUCUUCCUCACGCCUCAGGUGAUGGUCAACGACCUAGCCAGAGACACCUGCCCGGCCCAGCAGGUCAAAUGUCUGGUGAUUGAUGAAGCCCACAAGGCUCUGGGAAACCACGCCUACUGUCAGGUGAUCCGACAGCUGGCCAGUCAGACACAGCAGUUCAGGGUUCUGGCUCUGAGUGCCACGCCAGGAUCCGACGUCAAGGCGAUCCAAUCUGUGAUCUCCAACCUGCUGAUCUCUCACCUGGAGCUCCGGUCAGAGGAGAGUCCAGACCUCCAGGCGUACUCACACCAGCGCAGCGUGGAGAAGAUGGUGGUCCCACUGGGAGAGACACUGACUGGCUACCAGAACCUCUACCUGCAGAUUCUGGAGAAGUUCACGUCUCGCCUGGUCCAGAACCGGGCAAUGACCCACAAAGAUCUGCGGACUCUCACCAAGUAUCAGAUGAUCCUGGCCCGGGACCAGUUCCGCAAGAACCCACCGUCACACAUCCAGGGGCCCCAGCUGGGGAUGCUGGAGGGCGACUUCGCUCUCUGCAUCAGUCUGUGUCACGGGUACGAGCUGCUGCUGCAGACGGGUCUGCGCUCAUUCUUCCUCUACCUGCAGGGAAUUAUGGACGGUUCCCGAGAAAUGUCUCGAGCUCGAAACGAACUGCAGAGGACACCAAUGUUCUUGAGUCUCUACCAGGAGAUGGAGGCCAUGUUUGCGACGCCGGCAGCUGGUAUAGAGGCUGGUCCAGGUCCUACCGAGCCAUUCGUCUACAGUCACCCCAAACUGGAGAAGCUACAGGAGGUUGUGUUGCAGCACUUUAAAGAUGCUAACAUGAACGAAGCGGCUGCAGGUUCCGGUCUUCAGCACGCCAGCUCACGCGUCAUGAUCUUCUCCUCGUUCCGCGACAGUGUGCAGGAGAUUGCCACCAUGUUGAACCGCCACUCCCCCCUGAUCAGGGUCAUGACCUUUAUGGGUCAGUCCUCGACAGGGAAGGGCGUCAAAGGUUUCACCCAGAAGGAGCAGCUUGAGGUGAUCCAGAAGUUCCGCCAGGGCGACUUCAACACACUGGUGUCCACCUGCGUCGGUGAGGAAGGUCUGGACAUUGGCGAGGUCGAUCUCAUCAUCUGCUUCGACGCCCAGAAGAGUCCGAUUCGGCUGGUGCAGAGGAUGGGCCGCACUGGGCGCCAGCGCCACGGUCGCAUCGUGGUGAUCCUCACUGAGGGACGAGAAGAGCGGACGUACAACACGAGUCAGAGCAACCGACGCAGUGUCGUGAAGUCCAUCGUGAACAGAAGCGGCCUCCAUAUGUACCCCAGCAGCCCCCGCAUGCUGCCCGAGGGCCUUCGCCCCGUACUGCACAAGAUGUACAUCACCAGCGGCCAGUUUGUCCAGCGAAGCAGCAGCGUCUCCAGGCGCUCCUCCCGAGGACGACGGUCACACUCCGAGGGGCAGAGUUCACUCAUCCACCCGAGGAACCUUGUUGACGCUGAAUCUCCGCUCUAUGGAUUGAGCACCUUGGAGUACUCUGACUACACCGCCACCAUGAAGCUCGGAGAACAGGAAGCUCAGCCGACCCUUGAGACGUCUCACUUCCUGUCGCUGCCACAGGAGCCCACAACCCCGGUUCCCAGCCAGGGGCCAUCUCGUAUCCUAUCACUGUGGGAGUGGAGACACUGGCAGUACAGACUGCUCCCCACACACCAGGUGGACCACUCGCUGCGCUGCCAGCACUUUGUCCAGCUGAUGGCGCUGAUCGACACCAUGAAGUACGAGAGCGAGGAUGAGUGUCUCUAUGAACAGCAACUACUUCCAUACCUGGGCAAAGGACCGGAUCAGCACGUGACCCGAAAGAGACGAAAGGUCUCCAAACAGUCCACGCUUGCUCCGAUAUCUAUGCUGGAAUAUGUGAACCAGGAGGUCCAUGUAGGAAGUCCGCAUGAGGCCGGGACCGUCUCCUCAAAUCUUCAAACCCACGACCAGAUGGUGAUCUCAGUCCCUGAGGACUGUCCUGGUUUUGAGAAAGGGAUCAUGGAGGGGGGACCUUUAGAUGCGCAGGAAAAGCUGGAACUUCCUCCUCGUUCAGGGGAGGACUUAGAUGUUGACAGGACUCUCAAAGUGAUCCUGACCAACGUGGCAGAGCUGCUGUCCAGAUCUCCACCACCGCUACCGCUUGAUAUGGAUGUUUUUGUGGAGGCUCUGAAACCAGAGACUCCUAUACCCUUCAAGGUCAGCUUCACCCUGGGCCUUGAUGAUGAUGAUGAUGAUGAUGGUGAUGGUGAAGGACCAAUGGAUGAGGAGCUCCAGGACCCUCAACCACAGCCAGCCAGUAGGGGCAGUGGUGAGGUCAGAAGUCCAACAUGGGAGGAUCUUUUUGAAGAUGAAGAUGGAGGACAUCAGGAGCCAGAGGAGGAGGUGUUUGUUAACUACGGAGAAGCAGAAGCAGCCAGUUGGACCAGAGUGAAGCAUGGAGAUGGAUCAGAAGAGAAGGACCCUGGGCUUACAGAUGACCACAGUCUGGAUCUGUUUGAGGACGAUGAGGCAUUUCUUCAAAUGACCAUCCCAGACGUCCAAACGCCCGGAGACGCCCUCUCCCCACGGACAUCGAAGCACACAGAAAACCUGACUGCCUCCACAAGUUGGGCCGCUCGGUCGGAUCAUCAUGGCACCCACCUGAAGACUACUGAGAGUAGAGUGCACUCUGACAAGAGAACCUCUGGCGACACUACAUCAGCAGACAGAAGCUCAUGGGACCACUUCUCCGUCAACUUUGACCUUGGCUUUUCUCUGGACUCCGAUCAAGAAGAGGAACCUCCGACCUCCAUCUCUCCUGCCCCACGUGGAGCCCCUGAGUCCAGCAAUCCCCAAACCACUGCGGUCUACUGCUCCACUCCCCAGAAUCUGCUCCCCAGACUCUCUCGUCAGGUCAACGUCCCAACGCCACAAAGCGCAGCAGAGAGACGGAGAGGACGGACAUCACUUGAGGCUUCACCUUUGACCUGUCGGGGUGUGGCCAAGCCAACCGGGGUCUCAAGGGAACCAACACCUGCCCGGCCCGAACAAAUUACAUCAAGUAGCUUGAGACCAGAAGAGAAGUUUGUGUCUGACUUCUCUCUACUACCAGUUGACAGCGACAGUGAAGAAGAAGUUGUGGUGACCAAACGCAGACGUCAACGCAAUGUUGUGUUCUCUCCAGACAGAACCAAUAUCUCUGCCACCGACUCGCCGCUGCUCGCCACCCGGAAACGCUCCAAGCCACUCGACACUUCCGAGCAGAUGGAAGAUGACGAUGAUUUCCAGAGCCAGCAUGUGUUCAAGUUGCCGGCAUGUCGGAGCAACAGCCCACGGGCCGCACAGCCCCAAACCAAGCCUCGCGCCCCAAACAUGGCGCGGCACUUCCUGGAUCAGGAGGCGGAGCUCUCCGAGGACGAGCAGGUGUCGUCCGACGAAGAAGACGGCAAUGAUCAGAACUGCUCACUGGACGGAUUUGUGGUCAACAACUCGCACCUGAGCCAGGGGCUGAAUGACUCUGAGAUGCGAGGUGUCUACCUGCAAUCUGUGAGGAGCCCUGCCGCCCGCGGCAAGUUUAAGAUGUCCUAUAGAAACUUCAAGAACAUGGACGUGUUCUCGCAGGUGCCCGAGCAGGACGAGACAUAUGCAGAGGACAGCUUUGUGGUGGGCAGCGAGGAAGAGGAGGAGGAGGAGGAACAGAGUGAUGCAGCCGAUGAGGACAUGGUGGAGUUGAUGCCUGAGGACUCAUACGUGGAUGGCAGGCGUCAGUACGCCACCAGGCGCCGUGUGCUUCAGCGAAGAGUCCGGGCGAGGAAUCAGGAUGUUGUGAAGCCAACCAGAAGCAAGAAGUCUCGAGUGAUCCGGGUGGUGGACUCCAGUGAGGAGGAAGCAGAAGGGGGAGGAGUCGAAGAAGAGAAGGCGGUCUCUGUUCAACCAUCGUCUUCUUCGUCCGCCAUUCAGAAACCAAACGACUGGUGUUGCCAGAACAUCGAGCCACAGAACCAGUUAGAUGUCACCGGGUGCCACAACCAGCAGCCCCUCAAGAGCCCGCUCCGCAUCCUCGUGGACAGUCGUUGCAUUGGAAGCAGCGUUGAGCUGAUAACCCGCCUCCGCCAGCAGCACGGUGCCAUGGUCCACGUCUGCUCGCUGGACGGAAGGUACUUCAUCGUCAGCAACCGGACUGCUGUGGAGCGACAUGUCGAGUCCUACAUCGCCGCCAUGCAGAACCGCAAGACCCUGUCUGAGCGGGUGACGGGUCUCAUGGGGAAGUUCGAGCGCGUCUGUCUGAUUGUGGAAAAGGACCGGGCCAAACCAGGUGAGACAUCACGACCGUUGCAGAGAACCCGCUACUACGACAGCACGGUGGCGGCACUGGUAUCAAGUGGCGCCCGACUCCUGUGGAGCAGCGGCGCAGAGGAGAGCGCGGAUCUACUGGCAGAACUGGGUCGGCUGGAGCAGCGCAAAGGUCACGGCAUCAAUGUGAACCCGGAGAUCAAAGGUCAGCGACAGCUGGCUCUGCAGUUCUGCCGAAGCCUCCCAGCAGUGAACCAGGUCCAGGCACUCAACAUGACCUGGCACUUCCCCUCCAUGGCUGCUGUGGUGCACAGCUCAGUGGAGUCUCUGCAGAAAGAAGCGAGUCUGAGUCGCAGCAGAGCAGAAGAACUUUUCCGCUUCCUGCGACAUUCCUGCGACACCUUCGUCCUGAACUCCUUGAAAAGUGGAAAAAGCCACUAAAGAGGUGAACCACUUUGCACAAACAAAGUCAAAGCCUUGAAUAAUUUAUUUUGUAGAAACAGAUAAUUUAUUUGUGGACAAAAAAAGAAUUAAUAUAUUCAUUUCAGUGUUGCUCAUGAGCUUGGACGGAACUGUUUUGUAAGGUAAUCACGUUAAACCAGCCUUUUCUGUACAGUCCUUUAUAGUGCUUGUAAUGAAUUGUGUUAAAUGUUAAU